CGUACUUUGUUAUUUUCAACUUCAAAAUGUCAACAUGACGGCAUAAAAUCUAAAUAAAACAAAAUUUAGAUAUUUUCCAAAUUUAUUCUAUGUAUCGUAUAUAAUUUUUUUCAUAAAAAAUCGGUUUAACCAUGAAUUUUCUUGAUAAUGUAUUCAAGCAAAGUUUAGCAGAAAAUGAACGAAAUUUAACAUUUUGGCAAGAUUAUUUGGUUAACCUUAAGUCCCUGGAUUUUAGUACGUUUAGUGAUAAAUUAAAAGUGCCUGUUUUAGUGCCCAUCGGUAAUAAAAUACUGUUUCGAGGUGCUCUUAAACAUACAAAUGAAGUAACAGUUGCACUUGGAGCUGAUUAUUUUACAAAAUGCUCAAUAAAACAAGCGGAAAUAUUACGACUACAUAGAAUAAAAGAUGCUCAGGCAAAAGUGGAUCUAUAUAUGAAGGAAAAAGAAUAUUUGGAAAAUCAGUUAACAUUUAAUAAAAGUAAUGUACAUGAUCAUCCUGGACAAGACAUCAUAGAGACUUGUUCUGAGGACGAAGAUAGAUUAUGGAGGGAGAAGCACAGAGAGAGAGUAAGGCAGUAUAAUCAGAGUGAGGCAAAGAAAAAAGAGAAGAUUCAAAGUGAAAUGACAGAUGAGGAAUUGUGGAACAGAUUAGAGGAAUUGGAAUUACAGGAAGAAUUGGAAAAUGAGUAUAGGAGCAUGACAAACAGAAAUGACUCAGAUUCAGAUGGUAAUGAAUCUUUCAUAGUUAAAGAUGAAGAAUCCAUCUCAUUUCCACAAGUUUUAAACCAAACUGAACAAAGCGGGAAGACAAAUAAAAAUGUUAAUAGAAAUGUUGAAAGUAAUACAAGUAGUAUUGUAGGUACAAAAACAGAAAAGCUAGAUUUAUUAAAACAUGUUAUAGACAGACAAAAUGAUUUAGAAGUGAAACUAAUGGAAUUGAAAAAUAAGGAGAGAACUAGAUGUCAAACAGAACAAGAUUUAAUUGGGAAAUUGGAUGAAAUGGAACAACUUGAUGAGUUGGAAGAUGAAAUGGAAAGAUUAGAUGAUAUUCUUAAUGAAGAUUCAGAUGAUACAGAUGAUAUAUCUGAGGAAAGAUCAACAUCUUUGAAGAAAAGUGUUUCAUUUGCAGAUGAAGACAACAGUGAAACAUUAGAACUGACGUUUAAACAUUCAGAAGUAGAACCAAAUACAGAACCAUACAAUCCUGAUAAAGGUAUAACUAAACCAAGUGAUAUAUAUGAAGCAUAUUCUAAUUCAUUUAAAGAUGGAAAAACUUCUAUAUUAAGGAAAUCUAGGUAUGACAAUAAUGAAAUAGAUACAUUUGCUCCAGAAACAACAAGUUGUACACAACCAGAAGAAGAAUUGAGACAAACUAUUGUUGUAAAAGAUGUUGUAGAAAAAGCAGAAGGUGAUGAAAAAUCAAAUAAACCAUCAAGACCAGUCAGUUUAUUUAAAAAGAGAAGGCAACAAAGAAUAUAAUUGUAUGCAUUCAACAAUUCUAAAUAAAUAUAAUUAAUGGCUAAUAGUCUUUCGCAAUUUCGCUAUACAUAUUUGUCUUAUAGCAUUCAAGGAAUCAUGUAUGAAAUUGUUGAAUUACAUACAUAUCUAAUUAAGAUUUGAAAUUGGUCUAGCAGUUCCUGUGAUUUGUGUGUCCAAACAAACUUUUCAAAUUAAUGUUAUUAUGUAAAAUAUAUGUAUAUUAGAGAUCA